GAAUAAUGCUGAGCAAUAUCAUGUUAAAAAGCCGCUGUUAUCAUUGCUGUGAAGUGGAAAACCGCAUUUCCUGGAAAAGAUGAAGACACAUAGUCUGCUCCAAGUCUCCAACUAACAAAUAGGAAUGCGUAACUUUUUUUAAACAUAAUUAGGAAUUAGGAAUGUAAUUACAAUUUCUCAAUUCCCAAGUUGCUUUUUUCACAUCAACAAUUAAAUAAAAAAAUGACAAUGUUGAAUCCAUGGUCGCAACAGCUGCUUUGCCUCAAUAAUAACAGUUUCUUCUUGGUUUUCGUCGUCACGACGACGACGAUGGCGAUUAUAGAAUUAAUAACCGCCAACGGCGGCGGCAGAGCGGCUGCUGCAAAUCUCUGUCGCGAAUCAUGCGGCACUUCCUCCGCCGUGAAAAUCGAAUAUCCUUUCGGCAUAGACGGCGGGUGCGGGGCCCCACAGUACAAAGGCAUGCUGAACUGCAACGGCACGGCCGGCCUCUUCUUCGCAACCCCGUCCGGCAGCUACAAUGUGGAGGCAAUAGACUACCGGAGCAGAAUCAUGACCAUCUCCGACCCUUCCAUGUCAAAUUGCUCCCAGCUCCUGCCCCAAAUCCACCACGAUUUCGUCCUCCAAUCCGCCGUCAUCUCUCCCUCGCACGACACCGUUUUGGCGAUCCUCAACUGCUCCGUCAAUUCCCCUCUCCUCAACAGCAAAAAGAAGCUCUGCUCCACGGAUCUGGCAUCCGCCUCCGGCGGCGAGACUUGCGACAAGCUGUACGGUACCUGCGAUGCAUUCCGAAUCUUCGAGCAGGGAAACACCACGCCGCCGUGCUGCUACACCACCUACGCCACCCUUGAGUAUAUGAACAUUGACAGGGAUGGAUUUAGGUGGGGGCGCGAGGGGCGACCGCCCCUUGGACUUUCAAAAUUUUCUACCAUAUAUGUAAUAUUUUUAUAAAACUUUCAUAAUUUAAUUAGAUUCGCCCCCCUUAGCUUUUAAUUUUCAAAAUUAAUAUAUAGUGUUACAUAAUGUAAUACGUAAUUGAAGAUUUAAAAGAAGGAACAUCUAAAAUAAUUUACAUAACUUAAACAAAUAAACAAUAGAAUAACUCGUUGUUUAAGAUUUAGGAUACUUAUUAUAUAAGAAUUCCUAGUUUUGUAAUGUUUAAUUAUCUUUAUUAGAUAACAAGUACUCGAUUUUGUAAAAUAUAUAUCAAACAAUAUUAUAUAUCAGACACACUAAUUACACAGUUUUUAGAUCACGUGAAAUGAAUCCAAAAUAUAAAUGUUUAUUGACAUUGAAUUACAUAAUUCAUUUACUUCUUGCUUUCUAAAAAUAAUUUAUUGCUGUUGAGGUUUUGUCCCGCAGAUCCGGAAGUCCAACAUAAACUUCGGAUAUUAAGGACGAUGGAUUCGGUAUAAACAUAAAUAAAAUAUAUAUAUGGUGUAUGAACUAGCUAUUUUUACGUGGAAACCCGAAAAGGGAGAAAACCACGGGACUUUUUAGGCUAACGUCCAAGCCCGCUCUUUUUCAUUCAUCUGCUCUCCUCACCAUUUACAUAUUACAACUCUUGAACUCCAUUAAUGGAGGUAUAAAGCUAUCUAUCAAAGGGGAAGAAGAAGUAUGGAGGAGGAGAGCCAAAAGAUCCGAUCCCUUAAUUAGGAGGCUUCGCCUCCUAUUUAUAGAAGGGGAGGGGGGUUUUUAGGGUUAUGCUAAUGGGCCAAUGGGCCUAAAUGGGCCGGUUGGGCCUAAAUGAUCCUUGCUAACUGGGCCCCGUAUCGGGGCGGUGUAUUGGGCCUCUGAACAGUAGUAGGCCGGGGUAAUAUACCCAACACAAGUCCCCCAGUUUCUUGAGUAGUGAGCCUGUGAAUCUGCUCGAGAAAGUAUACUCUUGCUCACGUCCUUCCUUGAAUCAGUGCUUGAAUAGUCUUGGACGCAAGGCAUGCAUAAAUGAUGAACGAGGUGCAGUCCCUCGCUAGGCACGGCGGCGCUGAAAAGCCAGCCGCUCGUGCUGUAUAAAGCGGCGGUCGCCAUCCCAGAUCAAGGAUGGACGAGCCCGAUCGAGAGCCAGGCACGACGGUGUUGUGGAGACCGUGCGUGCUGCAUAAGAGCGACGGUUGCCAUCCCAGAGCAAGGAUGGACGAGCCCGCCAGAAAGCCAGGCACGACGGUGCUGUGGAGCCCGUUCGUGCUGCAUAAGAGCGACGGUUGCCAUCCCAGAGCAAGGAUGGACGAGCCCGCCAGAAAGCCAGGCACGACGGUGCUGUGGAGCCCGUUCGUGCUGCAUAAGAGCGACGGUUGCCAUCCCAGAGCAAGGAUGGACGAGCCCGCCAGAAAGCCAGGCACGACGGUGCUGUGGAGCCCGUUCGUGCUGCAUAAAAGCGGCGGUCGUCACCCCAGAUUAAGGAUGGACGAGCCAAACCGAGAGUAAGGCACGACGGUGCUGUGGAGCCCGUGCGUGCGGUAUAAGAGAGAUGGUCGCCAUCCUAGAUCAAGGAUGGACGAGCCAAUCCGAGAGAAGGGCACGACGGUUUGUUUUUCAUAUGCCACAGGUCAGCACCAAAAUUGAGGUGCAAGCCGUUCGGUUAAUUUCUGUCGGUUGUUCUUUGUUUCCUGAACGCGCAAGACAUAAUGUUUAAUGCUUUCUGCGCCCCCGAGCACCAUGUUUCAGAUGCAUGCCGUCCGGUUUGUUACCGUCGACUGGUUGUUCCCUGAACGCGCAAGUCAUCAAUGUUUAAUGCUCGCUGCGCCCCCGAGCACCAUGUUUCAGAUGCAUGCCGUCCGGUUUGUUACCGUCGACUGGUUGUUCCCUGAACGCGCAAGUCAUCAAUGUUUAAUGCUCGCUGCGCCCCCGAGCACCAUGUUUCAGAUGCAUGCCGUCCGGUUUGUUACCGUCGACUGGUUGUUCCCUGAACGCGCAAGUCAUCAAUGUUUAAUGCUUGCUGCGCCCCCGAGCACCAUGUUUCAGAUGCAUGCCGUCCGGUUUGUUACCGUCGACUAGUUGUUCCCUGAACGCGCAAGUCAUCAAUGUUUAAUGCUUGCUGCGCCCCCGAGCACCAUGUUUCAGAUGCAUGCCGUCCGGUUUGUUACCGUCGACUGGUUGUUCUUUGUUUCCAGUCAUGAACGUCUACGCGCUUCAUGCCGUCCGUUUUUUUUUUUUUUUUUUUUUUUUUUUUUGCUGAGAUGAUGGCUCCCCAUGGAUCGAGACAAGUGGUAUCUAUCGAUCGAGGUGAGACUUUACGGAAUGUGAAGAUGCCUCCUAAGCAAAUAAUGUCGUGCCGCGGGGCUGAUCAUGAUAUGAAGACAUGAAUAAAUCCAAGGGUCUCGCGAGCGCCCUCUGCUCAAGGACAGCGGCAGCAACUGCGGUAGCGGUCCACAAAAUGUAGCCAUGAUGAAAGUCAAGCAACGCUCCUCAUCCGCGCAGUGCGGGGACGAGGCCGCUUUUCAAAGAUGAUAAACACGUAGUGCCGACAGGCCGAUCGUGAUAUGAUGAUGUCGGCAAUGAGAAGCCAACCCGAAAAUCAAGCAACGGUCCUUAUCCGCGUAGUGCGGGGACAAGGCCGGUCUUCAAAAUAUGAUAAUGGCAUCGUACCAGAGGGUCGGUGGCCAUGUAAUGAGGUCGCCACUGGAGGCCGAUCGGAAAGGAACAAGUAACGGUCCUUAUCUGCGCAGUGCGGGGACAAGGCCGGUCUUCAAAUAUGAUAAUGGCACCGUACCAGAGGGUCAGUGGCCAUGUAAUGAGGUCGCCACCGGGGGCUGAUCGGAAAGGAACAAGCAACGGUCCUUAUCUGCGCAGUGCGGGGACAAGGCCGGUCUUCAAAUAUGAUAAGGGCACCGUACCAAAGGGUCGGUGGCCAUGUAAUGAUGUCGGCGCUGGGGGCCGAUCAGAAACAAAUAAUCAACGGUCCUCAUCCGUGAGGAUCAGAAAUGAGGCCGGUCUUCCAAAUGAUCAUCACGCCGAGCCAGGAAGAUCAGUCGUGGUGAAAGGAAAGUCAGCGUUGGGAGGCCGAUCUGUAAAUCCGAGGGUCUUACAGGCGCCCUCAGCCCAUAAUGUUGCUUUAGGUGCCGAACGGCGGAGGCCGGAUUGCCAGUCAGGUAGCGUAAUCUGAAAGCUCGUGUAUCGUACAGUCCAUAGGACUUCCCUUCAUGUGUUGUGAUAUCUAUACAUUUGUAGUCCCUUCUUUUCUCAAUCGUCCGUGAUUCCUUCUACACACUUUAGCCUCAUUCUCUCUCUCUCUUUUUUUUUUUUUUUUUUUUUUUUUGCUGCUUUUUUUUUUUGUCCGAAUCACGAAUAUCCCUGCGUUUCACAAUCUCCCCGUCCGAACUGGUCGAACGGCUCUAAAUGUAAAUAUUCCUUCUUUUUGUUGCCAAUCAUGAGCGUCUCUGCGCGUCACGUCGAAUGUCAUGAACAUCUCUGUGCGUCAUGAUCUCCCUGUUCGGGCUACCCGAACGGCUUUGAAUAAAUGUGAUUCUUUUCUUGUUGCCGGGCAUGAACGUCUAUGCGCUUCAUGAUCUCCCCGUUUGAGACUAUCGAACAAAUUUCACUGCACAAUAAGCAUGGUAAUACGGCCGUACGGCCGAACCACAUAUACAAGUAUAUACAUACACAUGUAUAACAUUUCUUUUGUAUUAUUUUUUAUUCAUGACUACCGGCCGAAGUGGUAAUAAUAACCCUUGGCCUAGAUUUAUUGUUUGAACUGCCCAUAUGCUUUCAGAACCACCUAGUGGUUUCCCGGGCGUUCUCAGGAAAGCUUUCAGCUAAUUAAAGUACGUAUUUCGCCCCGUAGUGGGUAUAAUUGUCGACCUGGCAUUUAAUGCCGAUCGGGGCCAUGAAUGGUCCCUAAACAUGUCACCGGGCUACGCCCUUGUGAGACGGUUCAGUCAGCUAGUUUGAACCGACACGCCCAGUCAAACCAAUCAUUUAAAAAAUGUUGGUGAUUUUAUCAACAAAACUUCGUUCUCUCUUAUUCUGUUCGGGAACUUUAACCCCUAUUAAGUAAUGGUGUGUGCAAUUAAUAGUAAGAAUACUAUUUAAUCAACCAAUGAAUACUCUCAUGCAUGAGUACUUGGUGCGUUGUCGGAGUAAUACCAUUCGGGGCACUCCGAUCGCCUAUAUUUAGCCGAUCGCGGGUUGGCCGGUCGGCCCAUUAAACCAAAUCAUUUAAAAGUGAUAAUGGACUUGUCACUGGAGUCUCGCUCGGUCAUUAUUCAAUUCAGGAAAUUUAAUCUCUACUAAACAAAUAAUGGCGAUGUGUAAUUAAUAGUAAAAUUACUACAUCAUUUAAUUUAAUAUUUUCAUGGAUGUCCGGCCUUACUGAGCGGGUCCAUAGAUACUCCGACCGCUAACUCAGACCGAUCGGAAACAGGCCGACCCUACCCACAAAAGGUGAUCAUACAAUUUAAAAUGGUUGAUGGGUCUGCCAGUACAAUUUUCGUCCAACAUUAUUUAUCUAGGGAAUUUUAAAUCCCUGGCAAAUAAUUUAUUCAGGAACUAAUAGCAGUGAUAUCAUCUAGCAAUUAACACUUUAAUGUAUGAGUGUAGAGAACCAUAGUACUUGGCACUUAGCUGAAUUUGGCUGAAUUUCAGCUGACAGAUCAUGAUACUGAAAUACCCAUGCCACUUUAACAUUUUAUUAGUUAAUAAAAGAGUGAGAUACGUGGUACUUAGCUUUGUGGAUGCAUUGGACUUGGAAUUCUGUAGAAGAUAUGCCCGUCCAGGAAGCCUUAUUUGGAGCAAAUAUGACCCAGCCCACUGUCAUGGAUUGAAAUUGGUUUGUUUGGCCGUGAUCAAAGACGAGUUACCGAUCGGGAAAUUGGUCGAUCAAGAUUCCCACGAAGUGCUCGAAAGCCAGACGGACCGUCACAAAAGACGGGGCCUAGACUCGCCGCUGACCACAGAGAUGCCGGACGGUGGCUUACCGGAGCCGUGUAGGUGGCCCUAUUUUGAUUUGCCCUGGUUUCCCAAUCAUACUGGUCGGUGCGAACCGAACGGGGAGGUGAUCGCCUGGUAGGACCCCGAGCCCGGUGGUUCCAGAAUCUUGAACGGUAAGUGCCGCACGAUAUAGAGGAACGGCUUAACCAGUUGAUGGUCGGCAGGCUGGAGACCGAGGUCUUUCUUUGUUAUCACCGCUGGUUUGUUUGAACGGGAUCUUGUAUUCCUGCCAGAACGGGAACUGGUUGGUCUCGAAGCUAGGUGGUGUUGUAACAGAAUUCGGGGCGCCGGGGUGCAGGAGUUUCUGUAAUUUGAAACUGGCAUAAGGUAUGUAGACCCCAUUUUUCCUGGACCUUCCUUGGUGCGUAGUUUAAUUUCCCGUUCGGGGUAGAGACUAUCUGGAUCCCUUAAAACUCCGGUGAAGCUAAACCAUGCCCCUCCGAACCCUUCCCGCUCUGGAGAAGCAAUACUGCGGAUGACAAGGUGUAAUUGCGUGAUCCUUCGUCGUUACCCUGUUCCAGUGCUAAGUCCCGUUCGGGUUGUAACUUGUAAGUUCUGGUUGGUGGGAAGGAAAACGUACCGACCGGGGAUCGCCGCCGGGUGGUGGCUAUGAAUGCCACGGAAAUCCAGGCCGUUCGGGCAAGGAUUAUGGCCGUUCCUUCAUGAGUCAUGACUUCUUUUAUGUUGUACAGGUCCCACUCUUGGUUCAGGCCACGCUUGGACAAGGAGCAUAUUCAGCAGACACCUCCCGUUCAGGCCUCGCUAUGUUGGGAUGGGUACUCUUUUCUGUUGAUAUGUGUAGCUUUUCCUGCAGGUUCCACAGAUCGAUCGGGCAUUUAUCCCCUCCAGGUAGAGUUUUGUUCGGGAGUUCCCGCUCGGCGUUCGGGAUGUGGUUACUGGGAGUAUAGAACAAUUUGGAUAAUCAUGAAUUUACCACAUCACCCACUUGUAUUGCCAACUCAUCCCCUAUUGUCAGGCUUUGUCAUGCUUGUUUACUGGAAAUAUAGGAUAAUUUGCUCUUAUCCUCUCUGCAAGGUAUUAGGAAUAUGGGUCCCACCUCCAGUAUUCCUCUUCCAUCAAUAGGUCUUUGAGACCAUCCUCCUUGACAUGUGAUUCGGCCUUACGGAUGACUUUUAGGAUGUAGCAGUAGCAAUUUUAGGACAACAACCAGGCUGCUAAACGGGAUCUGGGAUUUCUUCUUUGUUUUUUGUUUUUCGAGAUUUGUUUCUUCCUUCCUCUUUAGUUUCUUGAUCCAAUCAGUAGUUUUUGGCAUCAAAAAAAUUGUAGAAUCAAAAAACAUGAAUCUUUUUUAAGCGUUUCCCACAGACGGCGCCAAUGUUGAGGUUUUGUCCCGCAGAUCCGGAAGUCCAACAUAAACUUCGGAUAUUAAGGACGAUGGAUUCGGUAUAAACAUAAAUAAAAUAUAUAUAUAUGGUGUAUGAACUAGCUAUUUUUACGUGGAAACCCGGAAAGGGAGAAAACCACGGGACUUUUUAGGCUAACGUCCAAGCCCGCUCUUUUUCAUUCAUCUGCUCUCCUCACCAUUUACAUAUUACAACUCUUGAACUCCAUUAAUGGAGGUAUAAAGCUAUCUAUCAAAGGGGAAGAAGAAGUAUGGAGGAGGAGAGCCAAAAGAUCCGAUCCCUUAAUUAGGAGGCUUCGCCUCCUAUUUAUAGAAGGGGAGGGGGGUUUUUAGGGUUAUGCUAAUGGGCCAAUGGGCCUAAAUGGGCCGGUUGGGCCUAAAUGAUCCUUGCUAACUGGGCCCCGUAUCGGGGCGGUGUAUUGGGCCUCUGAACAGUAGUAGGCCGGGGUAAUAUACCCAAC